AUGGCAUGUGAUAUAGAAAAAAUUGAAGAUAACGAAAAAGAAAACCCCAAUAUAGUUAUUCAAUUAAACACUUUAGGGCUUGAUGAAUUAGUUUCACUAACUUUAAAACUAGAAGAGGAAUGGAAGUUAAUAAAAAAAAAUUAUACAAUUUUAGAAGGGGCUGUAGUAACUUAUGAUAAAUGCAAAAAUUCUGUAAAACAACUAAACCCUUCAAAAUAUAAAAGUAAGAAUUAUAAUGCAUUUAUAAAUGAACUUGAAAAAUCAGAUUUAAUAAAAUUGCCUAAUGAGAAUACAAUCACUGAUAAUAAAAGUGAACAAGUUGGUACAGAAAAAAAAAACGAACCUAUAGAUAUUCAUAUUCCAUUAACAUCUUUAGUAUAUAUACCAGGGAAAAUCGUUGAUACGGAAAAUUUUUUGGUCCAUAUGGGUACCAACUAUUAUGUUCAAAGAAAUUCUGACCAAACAAUAGAAUAUUUUGAUAAUAAAAUAAAAAAAUUAAAUGAAAAAAUUAAAAAAAUUAAAGUUACAUUGAUAGAAAAAAGAAAUGAAAUAGAAUUAUGUAAACAUUAUAUUCAAAUUAAAAGAGGACAACAAAUCAAUGAGACCAAUCAAAAUCACCAAACUACAUCAGUACGAACUAUAGCCUAA